GAGUAGUUUCUCUAUAGCUAGUCGCUACCCCGCUCCUCCUUCUCUUACUCCGCCAUUUCCUGGUUCUUUCCGUCACUUUCCCGGGAAAAUGUAACAAACACAAACACUGCUGGACUCUCCUUGAACUGCAUUCAGUCUGAAAUCAACCCAUUAUUUUAUAAUAAUAAUAAUAAUAAUAACCGUGAAAAUCAAUGAAAGGAAGACAAGUUACAUUGUAGCAGAGGGGAAGAGGCAGAGAGAGACAGACAGAAAGUGAAGAAGCAAUCAAGCAACAGUGAAGACUUGCAUAGUAUUUAAGGGAAAUUAAAAUCCCUGAAAUUUUGGAAAAAAGGCGAUAGGUUUUGUUAUCCUUCGCCGACCCGAUCAACCGUUUUCUCUCUCUAUCUUCUCACUCUCUGACAGUGCAUCGCUCUUACUAUCUGUCUUUCGCAGCCAUGGCAUUUGAUCAAACCUCUGUUCCCUGCGAUCUAAGAUCACUAAAUGUUACUCGAGCUGUCGCCGAAGAGCCACUCGUUCCUCCUGCUAGUAAACCGCUUCAAACUGCAGAAUAUUUCCCUCCAAAUUCGGUUUGGGACCAUGUUAGCUCUGGUGCGGUGCCGCUUGUCUACCCUGCGUCUGUCUCUGAUGCUGGUUUGGUUAGAAUAGCGUACGGAAAUGUAACUUCGGCUAUUGCUUCUCCUACCUGGUGUGUUCGUCCUGCUGUUCCGGUUCCCCCCAGUGUAAACCCCGCUGUUGGGCUUAAUUAUGGUUCAGGUUUUACCAAUCGGUUCAUGAGAGCCAAUGCCGUUGAUCUUUCGGGUAGUGUGGUUGCGGCUUCCCAUGGAUAUCCUAUUAAUUUGGGAAAUUCGGUUUCUGGUAAUGGCUUUGAUAAUGCCCUUCCUGGCAGCAGCAGGGUGGUUGGAAAUGCUGUUCAACAGAUAGGUGGUGCUGUUGUACCAGGCGGGAUUGGUUUUGGUUCCUUUCUCAGAACUGAUCAAGGCAGUAACGAGGGCAUGAAUGACUCAGUAUCUGGGCAAAAAAUGAAGCUAUUGUGCAGCUAUGGUGGUAAGAUUUUGCCUAGACCCUGUGAUGGAAAAUUGAGGUAUGUUGGGGGGCAAACAAGGAUCAUUAGUGUUAGGAGAGGCACGAGCUUCAAUGAAUUGGCACAAAAGAUGACUGAUACGUAUGGGCAGCCUGUGGUUAUCAAGUAUCAGCUCCCUGAUGAGGAUCUUGAUGCAUUGGUUUCGGUUUCCUGCCCUGAGGAUCUUGAUAAUAUGGUGGAGGAGUAUGAAAAAUUGAUUGAAAGGUCUCCUGAUGGCUCUGCUAAAUUAAGGGUCUUUCUGUUUUCUGCUUCAGAACUUGAUCCUUCUGGUGUGGUGCAGUUUGUAGACUUACAGGAUAAUGGGCAAAAAUACGUUGAAGCUGUGAAUGGAAUAAUAGAUGGGAUUAGUGGUAAACUGACAAGGAAAGAGAGUAUUACAAGUGCAGCUUCCACCCAGAAUUCUGAUUUGAGUGUGAUAGAAGCUCUUGAUGGCUCGAUUGCUGGUCAAGCCGAUGUCAGUCAAGUGCCUUCAUCUGGCAUGCCUGCGGGAAAUGGAACUGCUUCUCAGGAUUCUACUUCAAACAUGAAGGUUCGUGAAAGCAUUGCAUCAGUUUACUCAGAUGCUUUUGUGAUUCCAUUGGGCACUUCUGCAACUAAUUCUGGUCCAAUGCACAAUCCACCUUUUCAUAAUGAGGUUGAAUUAGAAAAGUCUGUGCCUGUUACUUUAUGCCAGGAGGAAUUUGGGUUGCAGCAUCCUGUAAAGGAAGCUCCACCACCUGCACCUAAUUUGCAAGCUUCGGACAUUACUGCAACUAACUCUGGUCCAAAUCACCGACAACCUUUCCAUAAUGAGUUGCAGUUUGAAAAGUCUGUGCCUGUUACUUUAUCCCAGCAGCAUAUUGUGUUGCAGCAACCUGGAAUGGAAAAUCCUCUGCCUGCACUUUAUAUGCACCCUCUGAUUGAUCCUUUCCCAGAAGUUAUGAACAAUGCAGAUUUUGUUCGGCUGCCUCGUCAGAUGGGGUUCUCAAAUCCUGAGCUUUUCAGCAAGACUGGGUCCAUAUACUCCCAGCAUCAAUUACAUGAAAAUACACAUGGUCUUGUGUCCCAUCAAGUGGUCCCUGCUGUGCAAAUGACAAUGGCUCAGUCAUCUUCUCAUGCAGGUGUACAUUCAAAUGCUAUUCAACCACAACUAUUGCUGCAGAUGCAGCAAAAUGUCUUGGAUAAACAUAGUGAUGGAAAUACAUCAGGUGUAAGGAUUUUUCAGCUUCCUGCUGAACACAGGUACGGUGCAUACCCAGGUCAAGUCCCUUCUGUCAUAGUUGGAGGUAGUUACAGCUGGGUUCGGGCUCCUCCACCAGAGCAUGUUGUUUUCCCUAAUGUAUUAUUACCCCAACAAACAUUAGUGAAUCCCGAAAAAACCCAAAGAUCAGAGGAUUGUUAUAUGUGUCAGAAAAAGCUACCCCAUGCACAUUCAGAUCCAGUGGUUCAGGAUCAACAUAAUAUUUGUGCAGGUCUGGUUCCUGAUUCAAACCCAAGUUACCAUAAUCUCCCUAUGAAUGACAAUUCAAAAGCGCAGGCAACAAAUAAAGUUGUAGUAACUACAGCAACACCAGAAGGCAUGGUUGAGCAAGUAGUUGGGACCAGACCCAUGAUUGUUGGCAAGUCUGAGCUUGGAGCAGUGCAUUAUAAAGAAGCAACUGUGCUGUCCUGUAAUCUUGGGUCAGAGCCUGAAGGUGAGAGGUAUUUCUCACAGAAGCCAGACAAUUUGGAUCACCAGAAUAUAAUUGUCAAGGAAACAAUUGUAGGAGCUGGUGAAAAACAGUUACUAAAUGCUGGUCCCACAGGAACAGCACCACUGCCUUAUCUAGAUGAUGUUGUCUGUCAAUAUGUGAUUCCAGUUGAAAAUUGGGCUAAAGAAGAUGUAAUUGUUAAUAAACCUAUUACUGCUGAUAUGCCUUUAGUUGGUUGCACAUCUGUUGAAACUUCUCAGUGUACAGUUCAAGAAUCUGCAAAAGGUUAUACCAAUGAACUCACUAGCAUUGUUUCAAAAGCAGAUAUUGUGGAGAAUUGGAUUGCAAAGGACCAUCUCAAACCUGUUGAUUUAAGGGUGGAAGCCCUCAAGAUAAUCAAUCCUGAAAGUUAUGCAGACAAACCUGAAGUUCAUGCAAGUUAUGAUAAAGUAGAUCACAGUACUCAGUGUUCUGUAGAGAAGAAAGGGGCUUUGGAUAACAACCUUAGUAGAUCAAGGUUGGAUGUCGACACAAAUCAAAUUAAUACGAUGGAUGUACUUCCUAGUUUUAUUAUGGAAGUUCCGUACAGUAAUAAUUCCAGGCCAGCGGAUUAUAAUGAGGUUGCCCAACCCCAUGUUCCUGGCAUUCCUGAUUCAAAUCCUCAAUCGAAAGAAGGUAAUCACAAGGGUGAUGUAUUCUCAUCUUCGACUUCACCAUCUGUCAGGUUUGGAGAUGCACAGGAUUCUUCAAACUCACUUUUUAGCAAUCAGGAUCCAUGGAAUAUACAUGGCUCGUACUUUCCACCGCCUAGACCUAAAAAAAUUGCAUUAGAGAAAGAACAUUAUUCUUAUAAGGACCAGUUUGGUGAGAAUCCAGGCAACAGUGCUGAACAGAAUGUAGCAGCUCCAUUGGAUAAUGGCCUGGCAUUCAAACAGAAUUUAACUUUGGAAGAUGCUCGAUCUGCCAAGGGAUCAUCCCAGGACCAACAGCUUCAAGCAGUUGCUGAAGGCGUAGCUGCUUCUGUUCUGCACUCAAGCAUUCCUUCAAAUCCUGAAUUGCAUGCCAGAGAUGUUUCCUUUCUUAGAGAGAUAGAGGAUGGAUAUGUUCAAAAUAGUGAAAUAGAUGUACAGUGUAAUAGUACAGCACAGGAUGUAGAGAGCAAGCUUCCAGAGAAGGCAAAUUUUGGUUUUCCAAUUACAGAUCUUGGAGCAUUGCAGGUUAUAAAGAAUUGUGACCUUGAAGAGCUGGUAGAAUUGGGCUCUGGGACCUUUGGUACCGUACAUCAUGGAAAAUGGAGGGGCACGGAUGUUGCAAUAAAGCGGAUUAAUGAUCGGUGUUUCGCUGGAAAGCCUUCAGAGGAAGAGCGUUUGAGAGCUGACUUCUGGAAUGAAGCAAUCAAGCUAGCUGACUUGCACCAUCCAAAUGUGGUAGCUUUUUAUGGUGUUGUGCUUGAUGGUCCAGGAGGUUCUGUUGCUACAGUAACUGAGUAUAUGGUUAAUGGCUCUCUUAGAAAUGCCUUGCAGAAGAAUGAGAGGAAUCUUGACAAGCGCAAACGUCUUUUGAUUGCUAUGGACGUAGCUUUUGGUAUGGAAUACCUACACGGGAAAAACAUAGUACACUUCGACUUGAAAAGUGACAACUUACUUGUGAAUCUGCGAGAUCCACACCGCCCAAUAUGCAAGGUUGGUGACCUUGGUCUAUCAAAAGUGAAAUGUCAGACCCUGAUAUCUGGGGGUGUGAGAGGAACUCUACCCUGGAUGGCCCCAGAACUCUUGAAUGGAAGUAGCAGCCUUGUCUCAGAGAAGGUUGAUGUGUUUUCAUUUGGUAUUGUCCUGUGGGAACUUCUCACUGGAGAAGAGCCAUAUGCUGACUUGCACUAUGGAGCUAUCAUAGGGGGUAUUGUGAGCAACACUUUAAGGCCUCCAGUUCCAGAAACCUGUGAUCCGGAAUGGCGAUUACUGAUGGAGCGGUGCUGGUCAUCUGAGACAUCAGAAAGACCAACCUUCACUGAGGUUGCCAAUGAAUUACGCCAGAUGGCAGCCAAGGUCGCCCCCAAAGGACAAAAUCAAUAGCAACAACCUGGUUCAUACCAGAGCCAAAUGCAGAAAUGAUUUCUGACAAUAGCAGGAUGUUGAAAUCCAGAUUUGCAUCUGAUUUUCAGAUCAGUGCAUUGUGUAAUAUGUACAAGGUUUGUUAGCACUUAGUGUCAAAUAGUACUUAGUGUAAGGCCUUUUAGCAGUACAGUACAGCACACUUAAACCUCAAUGAGCUUUUUUGUAAUGUGCCAUUCUUCAGUAAAAAAAGAAAAGCGAAAGAAAAAAUAUUUUGAAU